UAUUGAAAUGUAGUUAUGAGUCCAACAACAUUUAAGAGUAAUUUGAUUAUUUAUGUCUAUACGUAUUUUAUUUUAGAUUCACCUCUGGACUUGUCUAUGUCACUAUUGUCCAGAGUGUUCAGCACGUCUUCCGCCUCAUCGGUAUCAUCGCCGCCGAGUGGUUUAGAUAUCGACGAGCGCAAAUCUCUUUCCGAUGAAUCCACCUCGGGAAAUUCACUAUCAGGAGAUACGAUCGACCACAAUAUCCAUACGAUCAGCACGACUCCGGUAAAAUCGAGACCGUUCAGAGGAGAGCGCACCUUAUUGCCGUGUGAGGUUUGUCGCAAGGCAUUUGACAGACCGUCGUUACUAAAGAGACACAUGAGGACACACACUGGUGAAAAACCUCACGUUUGUGCUGUAUGCAAUAAAGGAUUUUCCACAUCCAGUUCGUUAAAUACACACAGACGAAUACAUAGUGGUGAAAAGCCUCACCAAUGUGGUGUUUGUGGAAAACGGUUUACUGCCAGUUCCAAUCUAUAUUAUCACAGAAUGACUCAUAUUAAGGAAAAACCACACAAAUGUACAUUGUGUGCAAAGUCAUUCCCAACUCCCGGUGAUCUGAAAUCUCAUAUGUACGUCCACAACGGGUCGUGGCCGUUCAAAUGUCAUAUAUGCAACCGCGGAUUCAGCAAACACACAAAUCUGAAAAACCACCUAUUUCUUCACACCGGAGACAAACCACAUGCUUGUGAACUAUGCCACAAGAAAUUCGCGCUUGCCUGCAAUCUCAGAGCACACAUGAAAACACACGAGAGUGAAACUCAAGAAGAAUGUGGUAGGUGUGGAAAGGUCUAUAUGACUUUAGAGUCGGACAAAGGUCGAGGCGCGUGCUCAGAAUGCAUGCCACCGUCUAUAAAAGCGAUAUCAAUCGGUGGUAGUGGUGGUGCAGAUGACACAUCUUAUGGUGGUCACUCGCUUCUUGACUCUGAGGAGAGUCGCAGCUCAACGGGUUCGGAUCGAGGCAUGUGAAUGUAAAUACGGAAGCCAGUGGUGGAGGUGAUGGCAUUGACGUGGGUGGUUUUUCUUUUAAUUAAAAACACGAUACAUGGUAUUUAGUAAUUUACCACUCAGUGUUCUAGCCAAUGUGACCC